UUGCAAUGGUAUUUAUUUUAUUUAUUUUAAUUAUGAUAUAAAUUAUUUUUAUCCUAUUUGUAUAAUAAUUGUAAAUGUAUGUAUAUAAUAUUAAUAUUUAAAAAAUUUAGUUUUGAACUGUAAUAAUUUAGAGCUUUCUGAUUUGAAGUGAGUUCGAAGACUUCGAACAUACCUUUAGUUUGAAAAGGUCAAACUAUUUAACGUUCGAUCUUGAAGUUUAAACGUCCGAACUAGUUGAUCACCUAAUGUUUCCGAGCACUAAAAUUUAUCGACAAACCUGAUGUAUUAUAUUAGCUUCUAUACUACAAUUCAAUUUGUAAUUCUUUUCAGAUAAGUCUUCUUUGAAACGUGUUACAACAAUAUCUCUCUGAUUAAACUGGAUUAACCUGUAAACUCAAGUUGAUGAAGUUUGCUUUAGUCAGGUUUCGAUACUCUACUAUACAGUCGACGAAGUCCAUACUAUAAGUUAAUCGUUCCUUCGUAAAGUCAUGAUAAUUAGAAGGAACUUAUAUUGCGUGCAUUUUCACAAUAAACAUAAUGAAAAAGGUCCUACUGCAAUAAAUUGCCAUGUAUAUUAUUACAAUAUUUAGCCCAUGAAUAUCUUCUGCAUUUUGUCUGCAAUAAUGUACGAACUAUAUCUCUUUCUCUCUAAUUAUCUUUAUUCACGAACGAUAUUGAUGUCUCUACGUUUGUCAGCGUGCUUAAUUGUGAUUGAAGACAGUAGAAUGUCUCUUGUCUUUGUAUGAUAACGUAUAACGUAUUAUUAGUAUCCGGGCAGAAAAGUAGUAAUUGAAAGAGAAUCUAAUGAAUGAUUGUAGAUUUAUGAUUGUAGAUCUACGAUCGUCUGAGAGCAACGCGAUAGAAAAGCAAUGUAUGUCAGUCGAAAAGCAACGUGCUCCAUAAUAAAAUUAGACCAACAAGUUUUAUAUGUGUGUUGUCUUUGUACAUCUAAUAUACGAUUGAUAUUAAAUAUUAGUAGCAAUUAUAUAAGUAAACUACUUCAGAUAUCACGAAUAUUUAAAAGAAAUUCAAUCUAAUUUUUAUCACGAAGAAGCAUCGAGAAUAUGGAUUUUCAAAACGUGAAUCCCCUAAACAUUCGCUUAAACCUUCUCUCAGGCAACUUGUUGCCGUUAAAACCGGGAGAUGCGCAAUUCCCGAUGAUAUGGAGGGUAUAUAGCAGCUUGGUAUGGCUAAUUGACAUAAUCCAAACAAUUGUAUUAAUUCCCGGACUAUUUCUCGCGUCACGGGAAAAGGUCAUAAAAGACGGUACAGUUCUCUGUGUGGUUACCUUAGAGGUGUUCUUUAUAGCCACGCGGUUUCAUUCACGCAAGCAGUUGGUGAGUCGUUUGAUCCAAAAACUGAACGACAUUCUGCAGUUUGCGGACGAAACCAUGAAGAAUGUUGUGAUAACAACUCUGCAGCCUAUGGAUAAUCCGCUUAAGUUUUAUUGGUUAUCUGGCACGUUAGCUGUUUUCUUAUGGGCCUGCUUACCGUUUGUAUUGAUCUUCAAAGAGGAAUCCUUUUUUUACGAUGACUACAGAACGCCAGCAGUUUUCUCCUAUCAGCCCUUUUCGUUUAAUGUCUUCCUACUAGGCAGCAUCCUUCUACUGAUGGGUAACAUGUACAUUUUUGUAAAGAAAGUUGGAUUGGAUGUUUAUAUGAUACAUAUUGUGCUACUGAUAACGGCACAGUAUCGAUAUAUUGCUACAAAACUUACUGCAAUAUUUCGAGAUGGAAAUCCGCUAAGUGAGUUUGAUGGAUCUCGCCAGAAAUACUGUUCUGAAGUAGAUCGAUGGGUGGAAAAAGAAAUAAGAGCGUUAUGUCGACAUCACAACACUGUCGUUCACUUAUCAUCUAUGUUAAAACAAUUAUUAUCUGUGAACUUCACUCUAAUUUAUGUGAACAGCGUCUUUCGAUUUUGUUUUAUCGGUAUCAUGCUAAGUACAGUACCAUCAACGACUCUGCCGGAAGCUUUGGCAAUUGUCAUGUUCUCAUGUGGUUCAAUAGUGCAAUUUUACAUGUUAUGUUCUUGCGUCCAACAAUUGCUAGAUGCGAGUAAGCAAAUGACGAAUAGUGCAUUUCACGAAAAGUGGUAUCAGUUUGGACCAUCUGUAAAACGUACAUUUAUGUUGAUGAUGUUAGGUAAUAAUUUAGAGUGCAAGCUUUCGAUGUGCGACAAAUUUAAUUUGUCUCUGCCCUCUUUUAUGGCGAUCUUAAAUCAAUCAUAUUCGAUUGCUCUUCUCUUCUUACGAGUGAAAUAAUAAUGAAGAAUAUUAGGUUAUGGCUUUUCUGAAAAGAAAUGAUUAUUUUUCAAACUACUGGUAAUAAAUUUGUAAAAAUUUAAUUAAAAUUUGUAGUUAGAAACAUACGUAAAUAUAAUUAUGAUGUAAUUUUACAAAACUAAUAAUUAAAACAUAAUAAAAAUAACAGAUUAAAUUUUUUAACAGUUUAUGUAUUUGUGGAAUAAAUCUGUACAGAAAUUAAUUGUACUUUUGUGUGUUAAUUGUUUAUACUUAGUAAACAUAUUAAUGACAAAUUUCUAAUUUUUUGUAAACUUAACUUUUUGUUUCGAAAAUCAUUCCUGUCAUAAAUCUGAAAUCAUCUGAUAUAAAUUUUUAUUAAAAUAAUAAUUUUUUGUUGCUUUAGCAAUAUCUUGUGUGUAGUUAAAAAAUAUUAAAACAUAUUUAUCAAAUAAUUAAUAAAGAAGUGACUUCUCAGAUUCACCCAACCAUUGAUCAACCAUUAUACGGUAAACGAGAAGCAUAGAAUUGUUUACGAAAACAAAGAACUGUGCGACAUUUUAUAGAACAUGUGAAACACAUUUGUGAUAACGAUUUAAUUUCUUACAGAUUAAUCCGCAGUCUUCCAUCGAUGAGUCCACCAUCCACCACCUUAUGCGAAACGAUCAAGUAAUACGAAUUUUGCAACUCCGCAACAUUUGACAGAACACCAUAAGAUAAUCACUGAUGAUUCCGUAUACCAUUGUGAAAGUGGUAAUCUCAAGGAAAGUCGUGCAGACAAAUGCAUCUAUUCUGGUUUUUCAGGGAAAAAUGGGUAUAUAGAUGCAAAUCAGCAUCAAUUAUUAUAUUAAAUUAAUUAAUUUAAUAAAAAUCGUGAUAUUACUAA